GGGCGUGCGAAAGCACAACUUCCGGAGGGAGGCGGAAGAGCCUCUCGGCUGUACAUUUUCGGGGAAUCCCAGGGAUCGCUGAGGGGGGCGCCAAACGGGGUACAGGAAGGGGCCGCCGCGGAGGGCUGGCCGCCCUCGGGGUGUCGGGGCCGUGGGCCUGAGCGAUGAGGAGGGGCCAUGGCCAGCGACGGGGCCAGGAAGCAGUUCUGGAAGCGCGGCAGCAGCAAGGUCCCGGGCAGCAUCCAGCACGUGUAUGGCGCUCAGCACCCGCCCUUCGACCCCCUGGUCCACGGCACCUUGCUCAAGGCCACGCCCAAGGCGCCAACCACGCCGGUCAAGGCCAAGCGAGUCAGCACCUUCCAGGAGUUUGAGAGCAACACCAGCGACGCCUGGGACGCCGGCGAGGACGAUGACGAGCUCCUGGCCAUGGCGGCCGAGAGCCUCAACACUGCGGUCGUCAUGGAGACGGCCCACCGCGUGCUGCGCAACCACAGCCAGCGGCAGGGGCGCCCCCGGCCACCCGGGGCCCCGGAGCCCUCGGCAGAGCCCUUGGUGGACCCCUCCGCGGCCCCCGGCGGCGACCUCCGGCUGGUGAAGUCCGUCAGCGAGAGCCACGCAUCCUGUCCCGAAGGAAGCGCCAGUGACGCCGCCCCCCUGCAGAGGUCCCAGUCUCUCCCACACGCGGCCACCGUGGCACUGGGCGGGGCACCCGAGCCCAGUGCCCUCAGCACCUCGGCCUUAAGUGAAAGAGAGGCCUCCCGGCUGGACAAGUUCAAGCACCUGCUUGCGGGCCCCAACACAGACCUCGAGGAGCUCAGGAAGCUGAGCUGGUCCGGGAUCCCCAAGCCCGUCCGUGCCAUCACGUGGAAGCUGCUCUCAGGUUACCUUCCUGCCAAUGUAGACCGAAGACCAGCCACUCUCCAAAGAAAACAGAAAGAAUAUUUUGCUUUUAUUGAUCACUAUUACGAUUCCAGGAAUGAUGAGGUUCACCAGGACACCUAUAGACAGAUCCACAUAGACAUCCCUCGAAUGAGUCCCGAAGCGUUGAUACUUCAGCCCAAAGUGACAGAGAUUUUUGAAAGGAUACUGUUCAUAUGGGCCAUACGUCAUCCUGCCAGCGGAUAUGUUCAGGGGAUAAAUGACCUCGUCACUCCCUUCUUUGUAGUCUUCAUCUGCGAGUACAUAGACGACGAGGACGCGGACUCCGCCGACAUCUCCCGGGUGCCCGAGGACGUGCUGCGCAACGUGGAGGCUGACACGUACUGGUGCAUGAGCCGGCUGCUGGACGGCAUCCAGGUGCUGUCACCGUUUAUCGCUGGGUGCGUGUGGGCCUGUGAGGGCUUCCCAGGUGGAGCAGUGGGAAAGAAUCUGCCAAUGCAGGAGACACAGGUUCGAUCCCUGGGUCUGGAAGAUCCCCUCGAGAAGGAAGUGGCAAUCUGCUGCAGUAUUCUUGCCUGGAAAAUCCCACAGACAGAGGAGCCUGGCGGGCUACAGUUCAUGAAGUCGCAAAGAGGUGGACACCGCUUAGCCUUUGACCACGCACCGUGAGGCUAUGGUGCUUAAGAGGCAUCCUCUUAUGGUUAAGAGGGAAAAUGAGCUAGGAAGUCAGCGCCCCUCGGGCCUGGCUGCUCUCACGCCUCGGCGCACGUGCCUGCUCCUGGUCGCACGUCUCUCCUCUCCACGCUUCUCGGAACUUGUAGGGCGCCUCCCUCAAGCACCCUUUUCAUCACAUCAGUCCCUGGUUGAGAACCACUGAGAAAACUCGUUUUUGGUUUUGUUGAGUACAACCCUCAGCCUGGUCUUCGUGCGUCGUUCCCUGUGCUUGAUGAGGUUCAGGUUUAUAUCGUGUGAUGGUGGUCCACCCCGUUGCCAGAGGCUUCAGGGAGGGGGUCAGAGUCUCCUUGCAGGGAAGGCCAGGGCAGCAUCGUGUGGCUGGAGGGGCGAUGGGGAAGAGGUGACCCCGGCGAGUACACAGCGUCUCCAGCCCGUCGGUGCUCCCAGGUGGCGGUUCAGCCUCGUAAGCAGCACACAGGGCAGAGCCUCUCGCCCUCGAGCAGGUGCGUGUUGGACCCACACCCCCGCCCUGAAGCCUGCUGGACGGCCUUCCCCAGCUGAAAUAAGUGGCGAUGAGUUCCGUUUUGCUGGGGGAAAUUCUGCAGAACAGCACACAUCUGUUCAUACUCUUGCCGUCCAGUAGCCUAGAUGGAGAAGCUGUGUUUCCGGCUCCCCCAGGGGCCUGGGUGUGAGAUGCUACUGCAUGGGGCACCUGGCACCUGCAGACCCAGCGCCGGGUGCCGUGCCGCCCUCCCCCGCUGGUUCACGGUGGCGGGGAGCCGGGAGAGGAGGCCCUGGGCCCGGCAUCGGUGCGGACUAGGAAAGGGCAAGCCUCCGCCCCUCGUCCACAAACGCUGGUGCUGGGCGUGGCUCCCUAAAGUGAGCAGGAACCGCGAGCCGGCGGGGACCGCAGAGGGGUCGUCAGAGGCGCUGGUGCCAGGAGGUCGGGCGUCAGUGCCCGGCGAGGUGUAAAGAUCAGGCGAUGAGCCGCCCCCGAAGUCCAGGUGCCGUCCAGAAACAGUGCAGCGGUUCUGCAGCGAGGUCUCCGCCCCGCGUCUCAGGGCCGCCUGCCGUUUCUAAUAGUGAGAGUCAAGGAGCUCCUACUUGUGGGCUGAUUCACCAGUACCUGCCAAUAGAGCUCCACCAGAUAAUGCAGAACCAUUGAGUGAUUUACUUUAGCAACAAGAAAUCCAUUCUGUGCUAUUAUAAGUAAAACGUUUUAAGAUAAAUGAGUAUUUACCAAAACAAAAAUGUUUAAUGAGAAGAGAAGCAUGGUUUGACUUUCACGUGCCUUGAUGGAAGACAGCUGAAUUCUCAUCUGUGUUUCUACGGUCAGCUUGUCGUAAUAUGUAUUUUUGUUGUUGUUGAAGUAUAUGAUGAAAACCCAGACUCUUGUAGGUAUGUAGUUGAAAAAGGGAGAAGUACCGUAAUAGGCCUCUGGAUGACAGGGUGCCUUCCCUUCAGUACUGUACCACGGCCUAAGAGAUGGCAGCUUCCUAAAGGCCACUUGCAGUGUGACUGUGAAGCCGUAUUAGUGAGCAUUUGUGCUCAGUCGCAGUAAAACCCAUUGGCCCGUCUUGUGCUUGGAGCGGAUCUUUUACACGUGUGGUUCUGUAAUGUCAAACAUUGGCCAUUGCAACAUGCGGGAUGCCUGAGGUAUGCUGAUAUUCUGAACAUCACGUUUCAUCGAAUCGUAUCAAAGACUCACCUUUGGGACUCCCCUGGUGGUCCAGGGGUUAAGAUUUCGCCUCCCAAAGCAGAGGGCGCCAGUUCAAUCCCCGGUCCCGUUCAUCCCUGGUCUGGGAGG